AUGGCUGCUCAUGCCCGUGCUGAAGGAAUCAACAAGCAUAGUGGCUGUGAUAUCUGGUAUAACUUCAAACGGCAAUGUGACACGGAACGCAAGAAGGGACGCCCACGCAAGCUCACGCCCAAAGCGGAGCUCCACAUCAUGCACAAAAUCCAUUGUGAUUGGCGGGAGCCUGAUGAGCUGGUGGCAAAGCUUGUGGGUGUCUCUGCAUCCACAGUUCGCAGGUACCUGGCAUCCAAGGGGUACCGUCGGGUGAAGGCAAAGCACGCCUUCUACCUCACACCAAUUCACAAGAAGCAGAGGCUGCAGUGGGCUCAAGCGCACCAAAGACGCUCGCUCACCAACGUUGCCUGGACCGAUGAAUACUAUGUCCACACCGACCGUGGUUGCAAUGCUAUCUUCAUCACUCGCCGUCCAGACGAGAAGUACAAGGAACACUGUUUGAUACCCACCUUCAAACAGUUGCCUGUACACAUCAUGGUGUGGGGAUGCAUCAUGAAAGACAGAAAGGGCCCGCUCGUCAUUCUCAACUAUCCUGGUGGGAGGGAAGGGGGUAUGACAGCUGCUCGCUACAUUGAGCAGGUUCUAGAGGGGGCGUGGAUGCUGUUCUAUGAGAAGGUGCGGAAGGAGACUGGCUGGGAGGUCUUAUCUCAGCAGGAUGGGGCGCCGGCAUAUGGGGCGAAGAUCACACGGGUGUGGAUAGGACCCCUGACAAUACACACAGAGGCCGGAUACUGA